AUGUCGUUUUCCGAUUUACCCACAUUUGAUGAAGUCAAGGACAAGAAGCGCUUCUGGCCAGCGAAGCCUGGAAGCAGAGAUGAAGGUCUUGGAAUGUUGAGAUACUUGACACCUGCCCAUGUGGCGGAGGUUGUCAAGUCAGAAGUCCAGACGGGAGAGCGCGUAUGCUUGAAUUGGGAUAUGACGAAACUGGAGACGCCAGGGUUCAAUCGAUUCCCCUGUCAACACGAGAUAGUGCCAAUUCCCAAUUAUGAAGGUGUUGCUUGGGAUGAUAUUUGGCGCUUUAAUCCACAGGCAGGCUCCCAAUGGGACGGUUUUCGCCACUACAGCACCGAAAUUGAUAAUGGAAAGCGCGCCUGGUAUGGCGGCACUCCCUCCGAGGACAUCUCCAAUCUAGAAAGCGACCGCAUUGGCAUUGGCCACUGGGCACAGCAAGGCAUUGCCGCGAGAGGCUUUCUGAUCGACUAUGUCUCCUACGCAGAGAAGAAGGGGCUAGAAGCCAACGGCAUAAACGGCCAUGCGAUCACACUGGAAGAGGUCAAGGAAAUCGCAAAGCAGUGCAACAUUACCUUCAAACCUGGUGAUAUCUUCUUUUUGCGUUCCGGCUUCACCAAAACAUGGGACUCGCUCUCCCUAGAGCAGAAGAAGCAAUACCGUGCGGACACAUUGGUUCAUAAGCACGGACACAGUGGACUCAUCCAGAGCGAAGCCGUGGCACGCUUUAUAUGGGAAAACCAUAUUGUCGCGGUGGCAGGCGAUGGGGUUAGCUUCGAGGUGCGACCAAACCGUGACAACAACUGGAAUAUGCACCACUAUCUCCUUGCUGGCUGGGGAUUGCCAAUCGGGGAGAUGUUUGACCUGGAGCGGCUCGCGGAGCUUUGUAAGAAGCUGAACAGGUGGACCUUUUUCGUCACCUCCAGUCCUCUCAACCACCCCAGAGCCGUGGCAUCACCUCCCAAUGCUAUGGCACUGUUUUAA